AUGUACGUGAGUUACCUGCAGCUGGAGAAGGACUCCGUCAUGUACCCGCACCAGAGCCCGCGUCCUGCGGGGCUGGGCCUGAGCCCGCAGAGCUUCCCCCCGCAGUACUCAGACUUCACGGGGUACCACCCGCACCACCACCCGCACCACCACCCGCACCACCACCCCGGCCUGGGGCCCGACGCGCUGGCGGCCCCGCAGGGAGGCGGUGCGGGGCCGGGCGGGUGGAGCUCCUCCUCCUACCCGCCCGGCCCCGCACGGGACGACUGGUCCACGCACCACUACGCAGCGGCCGCAGCAGCAGCCGCCGGGGGGAACCCGUCCGGGGCCGCGGGGCCCGGGCUGGGGGCCCCGGCCUCGGGUCAGCCCCCGGAGUUCAGCGGGCAGGCCGGACUGCUGUCCACGUCCCUGAACGCAUCAUCAGGACAGAUGUGUCCCGCGUCCCCGCAGAGGAGGAACCCGUACGACUGGAUCCGACGCAGCUCCGCACCGCCCGCCAACCCAAACGGAAAGACUCGGACUAAAGACAAGUACCGGGUGGUUUACACCGACCACCAGCGUCUGGAGCUGGAGAAAGAGUUCCACUACAGCAAAUACAUCACCAUCAGGAGGAAGGCGGAGCUCGCCACGACGCUCGGCUUGUCGGAGAGACAGGUGAAGAUCUGGUUCCAGAACCGUCGAGCCAAGGAGCGCAAGAUCAACAAGAAGAAGCUCCAGCAGCCGGCCUCCUCCACCACCACGCCCACGCCUCCCAACGGCAGUAAUGGCGGUGGCAACGGCGGCGGCGUCCUCCUCCACGGAAACGGCGGGAGCAGCGUCGCCAUGGUGACGAGCAGCAGCGGCAGCAACGGGCUGGUGUCGCCGUCCUCCCUGCCUCUGAACAUCAAGGAGGAGUACUGA